AGGCUAGGAGUCACGUUAUUCUGCAUGAUGCUUGCGUUUGUGGCGUCCUGUGGCCAACGGGAUAUGUACAAUGACGAUAAGUACUGAAGAGUAACCCUCCACAUAGGCCAAGGUACGGUUCGAGAUUGGGUUGACAGUGGCAAGAAUGAAGCCAUUGCUCAGACUGCUGUAUUUGCUCUCACCGACGUACAGCUCCUACAUAGCCUCGGGGUCAGUUACGAUCUUGACUUCGCAGAGGAAACAAUUUUCUUACAAUACGAGUGACUUGCUCAUACGUCAACCCUAUGCCUGUCUCAUGAAUAUAGAACGACGAGUUGUCGUUGGUAACGCCGUAAAGGUCGAUGCCCGGGACUUGCAAGGAGCUAUUGUAUACGGCAGGGUGGGCAAAGCCACCUUGGAUGGUUCCAUUGACGGCUGGGCCGGUGAUGGUGCCGGAGACGAUAGGUUCAUUGACCAGAACUCCACCCUCGAUUGCGAUGUAGUUGGAUGGUUUGCCGAUUUCAAGGGUGGCCGUGAACAGGUAUGUGAAGUUGAAAGGCAGGUUCAGUGUCGUUGGCAGAGUCGCACGCUCGACAAUUGGGGUUGCCAGUGAGGUGGUGGCGAGCGCAACAAGAGAGACAAUGGCUGAAGAGAGACGCCUGGCGAUUGAUGGUGAGUUGGAUGGAAUUACAAAUGUCCAAGGGCCUCCUGCAGCUCUUUAUACACUUCGGAGAAAGAGUUGACCGUCUCCUCCGAGCUGCUUUAUGUCAUA